AUGGCUACUCUGGCAAAUUUUCGUCCUCCGUAUUCAAUACCAAAUCCUCCUCCAGAUGCAAUACCAGAACUUGCAUGUUACAAUUCAACAAUGGAUCUUUCCAACAAUAUCUGGAGGGGUGGUAAUGUCAUUGGAGAACGUGUUCCUCUUUUGUCUAUUCAAAUUGCCUACAGUGUCCUGCUUUCCAGUAUUUUUCACCGCAUCUUCAAGUCAUUCCACCUGCCUCUUAUGGUUUCCCAGAUUCUUAGUGGUGCUAUUUUGAGUUCAUCGUUGAUGGGAAGAGUCCCUGGAAUUUUUAACACGCUUUACCGUCCAGAAGGAAUCCUUGCGGUUGAAACCUUUGCGAAUCUUGGAGUUAUGUACUAUGUGUUCUUAAAUGGAUUGGAGAUGAACUGUGACACGAUUAUAAGAUCAAGCAAGAAGGCUAUAACCAUUGCUCUCGUUUGCAUUCUGAUUCCAAUGUUGGGGGGUGCUGGUUUUCUUGCUCUAGAGCAUAGGGUAUCAGGAGGUUCAGCAAAGCCUACUGUUUCCACAAAAGGAUAUUUCUUUUGCUGUGCAAUUCUUGCUGUCACAGGUUUUCCAGUCGUUGCUAGGCUCCUAUCAGGGCUCAAGAUCCUCUACACAAGGCUUGGCAAAGAUGCCUUAACUGCAGCCAUGUUAAUUGAUGCAUAUGGCUGGAUUGUCUUCACAAUCUUGAUUCCUUAUUCCCAUGAUCGCGGCGGAAAACCACUCCUCUCAGCAAUAUGCACCUUUUUGUUCAUUGUGUUCUGCUUCUACGUGGUUCGUCCCAUCCUGACUCUUAUCAUUAACCGCAAAAUCAGGUUGGAGACAUGGGACUCCUCAGGUUUGCUGGAUGUUAUGGUUGGACUUUUCAUUUGUUCGUCCAUCACAGAUUUUCUUGGUGCACACCAUGUUGUUGGGGCCUUUGUGUAUGGACUCAUUUUGCCUAGUGGCAAAUUUGCUGAUUUGAUGAUGGAAAUCUUGGAUGAUGUUGUUACUGCUCUUAUUGUUCCUAUCUACUUUGCUAGUUUUGGCUUUAGACUACACCUUGAGGCACUUUGGGCUGUUCACAAUUCGGUUUUGUUUCCUGUCCUCAUGGUCUUGUUGUUAACCAUCCCAAAGGUUUUAGGCUCUAUGUUGGCUACUUUCUACUUUGGUAUGUCUGCUAGAGAUGGCUUGGGCCUUGGAUUGCUCCUCAACACUAAGGGCAUCAUGGCUGUCAUUAUGCUCAGCGUUGCCUGGGACAAAAAUCUUUUGGACCCCUAUGCAUUCACAAUUAUGAUGCUGGCUAUACUAUUCAUGACUGUGUUGGUCUCUCCCCUGAUCAAUGUGAUAUACAAGCCAAAACUCCGGUUCAUGCAAACACAGCAAAGAACUGUACAGAAGCUAAGGAAUGAUGCAGAACUUCGAGUGGCUGUUUGUGUCCACAAUGCUCACCAAGCCACUGGCAUGAUCCAUGUCCUUGAAGCCACAAAUGCCACCAGAAUUUCGCCUUUACAAGUCUCAGUCCUUCACCUUGUUGAACUCACUAGACAUGGCACUGGCCUUCUUGUUGCCCAGAUGGACAAUCCAAGUAGUGUUCAAGGAGAAAGCCAUUAUGGAUCACAGGAAGAGUUUGAGAGCAUAUCCAAGGCGUUUGAAGAGUUUUCAGAGGAAUACAAUGCAGUGAGAUUUGAGACAUCAAGUAUUGUGUCAACGUAUGAGUCAAUCCAUGAGGACAUAUACACUGUGACACAAGAAAAACGUGCAAACCUAGUUCUCCUUCCCUUCCACAAACAACUAAGCUCCGAAGGCGUGUUGGACACAACCAACAAUGCAUUCAGUGGCAUAAACCAAAAUGUGAUGCAACAACCACCUUGUUCUGUUGGGAUCUUUGUGAACCGGGGACUCGACUCAUUGUUGAAAACAAAAAUGAGCAUCAUUAUGAUCUUCAUUGGAGGGCCUGACGACCGCGAAGCCUUGUCGAUCGCAUGGAGAAUGGCAGGGCAUUCAUGCACAAUGUUGCAUGUGGUGAGGCUUCUUCUGUCAGGCACUGAGGUUGCAGAAGAAGAAAAGGCAUUCCAUUCUGACUCUAAUGGGUUGUUAUCUACAGUGAUGGACAGUGUGAUGCAGAAAGAGUUGGAUGAUGAGCAAAUAUUGCACUUCAGGCACAAGGGGGUGCACAAUAAUGACUCCAUUUCUUACUCAGAAAAGGAAGUGAAAAUAGAAACUGGUGAGGAGAUUCCUUUGAUCCUCAAUGAGAUAGACAAGCCUGGGUAUGACUUGUACAUUUUGGGACAAGGGAGUGGCAAGAACUACACAGCUUUGCAGAAGUUGUUGGAAUGGUGUGACAAUCCUGAACUUGGGGCCAUGGGGGACAUUGUAGCUUCAACCAGCUUUGGCACAAGCUCCUCACUGCUUGUUGUGCAACAAUACAGCAUGGAGAGAAAGCCUAAAGGAUAUCGCAAAAAAUGCUCUAAGAGAAAUGAUCCUGCCAUAUUGUGA